AUGCGUUCAGAGAUCCUCUUCGCCUUAUCCUUCUUCGCAUUAUUCUCUCUAAUCAAUUCACUUCCGCUUCAACCCUCUUUCGAAGAAAGUUCUCAUGAAAUUUCGAGCAUAAGUGGAGACACUGUCUCUCCGAGGGUGGAAUUUUUUCCUAUGCUAGAUGAUAGUCCCACGGCUAAUGAGAUCGCGAUAGGCAUCAUAGAGAUCGCGAUAGGGAUUAUAGAGGGCGUGAUAGGGAUUAUAGAGGGCGCGAUAGGGAUUAUAGAGGGCGCGAUAGGGAUUAUAGAGGGCGCGAUAGGGAUUAUAGAGGGCGCGAUAGGCGUGAGAGGAAUUAACGUCGUUG